UCCACUGUCAGGAUGUCUCCAUCCACAUCCCCCCGGUUCUUCACAGAGAGGGAGGUGGCCCGCCACUGCACCAAGGAGUCCUGCUGGGUGCUGCUGGGGACCAGGGUUUACGACGUGACGGCUUUCUUGCGGAUGCAUCCUGGAGGGGAGGCUCUGAUACUUCGCAGGUCGGGUAAGGAUGUGAGCCAGGAGAUGGAGGGACCCCCGCACCGGCACUCAGAGAACGCCCGGCGGUGGAUGGAGCAGUACUACAUCGGGGAGCUGGACAGAGACAGCGGCAGUGACGAGGCACAGUCUCUGAGAGAGAAGAGGACAGCAGGGAAGAUGGCAGAAAAGAUGACAGAGGGGAAGGUGAAAGAGGAGGACAGGAACUCCCAGUACAACCCCCGCAGCUCUGUGGACCUGGACAAGGACUUGGUGGACUGGCGGAAGCCCCUGUUAUGGCAGGUAGGCCACCUCAGAGAGAAAUAUGACGAAUGGGUUCACCAGCCGGUCAACAGGCCUAUCAGACUGUUUGGAAACCCUUUCCUGGAGGCCAGCAGCAAGACUUCCUGGUACUGGGUACCAGUGGUGUGGCUUCCUAUUGUGUUUUAUCUCAGUUGGUAUUGCUACACCUCGCUGGCAAAGGGGACCACCAGCCUACCUCUCACUUCGGAUGUCUACAUCCUGAUCCAUAAGUACACUUUCCCACUGCUCUUUUUGAUGGGCUGGUUCUUGUGGUCCUUCAUCGAGUACUGCAUCCAUCGCUUUGUCUUUCACAUGAAAAUGCCAGCUCAUAACUACUACCUCAUCACGCUACACUUUCUGCUGCACGGACAGCACCACAAGUCUCCUUUUGAUGGUUCCCGGCUGGUCUUUCCACCCGUGGUGGCCUCCCUAGUGGUGGGAAGUUUUUAUGUGAUGCUCAGCAGCUUGCUCCCAGAGAUCGUCGGGAUAUCCAUAUUUGUUGGCGCACUGUGGGGCUAUGUUGCGUACGACAUGAGCCAUUACUACCUUCACUUCGGUUCUCCAAAGAGAGGCUCGUACAUGUACAGUUUGAAGGCCUACCACAUCAGACACCACUUUGAACACCAGAGAGCAGGUUUUGGAGUGAGCUCCAUGUUGUGGGAUUUCCCCUUCAACACAGUCAUUCCUGAUGAGAAAUUCUAA